GAAAGGCGUUGGUUGAUCCAUUGCAUUCGUCAGACGAAAGCAAAGCAAGUCUCAGCUCUCAGCUGACAAGUGCUGCCACGCCCGCUUCAACACUUCCAAUAGAUACUCCAAUGGCAACCGCAUCCGCUAGCACCCACCCGCCUCCUUCCACCCCCAACGACCACGACGAGGACGAGGAUGACGAAUUCGACGACGACGACGACCUCGAUGACGAAGCCGACGACGAGCCCUCGGCGUCCCCGUCCGAGGAGGCGCGCCUCGAGGCCGUGUUCCGGCGGCUCACCGCGGAUGAGGUCCGGAUCCGGGUGUACCAUGUCACGAUACGGGGCUGCGCCCGCACGCGCCGCGCCGCGGUCGAGGCAGCGGUGGGCCCGGACCUCGCGCGCGCCGCCACCGUGCGAGACCUCGUGCGCGCCGCCGCCGCGGCCGGCGACCGCGUCCGUCGCCUCGGCGCCUUCGAUACUGUCUCCAUCACGCUCGACGCGGCUCCGCCAGGGAUCCCCGGCAGCGCCGUCGUCGUACUCGUUGACGUCGCAGAGGCCCGCGGCCGCGCUGCUGCCGAAUUCGGCGUCUUCGCCAACACACAGACUAGAUCAUGUUCACUGGAAGGUUCACUGAAGUUGAAGAACCUAUUUGGAUACUGUGAGGCCUGGGAUGCAGCAGGUGCUCUUGAAUUAGAUCAGACAACAGAACUAAGUGCUGGAGUGGAAAUGCCUAGAAUCGGAGUGAUACCAACUCCGCUGGUGGCUAGAAUAUCAUUUCUGUCCGAAGACUGGUUAAAGUCCUCACUGAAAGAACACCUGAUGGGCGUUUCUGUUGGCUUGCUCUCCACCAUGAACCACAACCUUGCUUACAAUUUGACAUGGCGAAAAUUAACUGAUCCAGCACGCAUAUCAUCCAAUUCUGUACAAGAACAGUUAGGACAUAGCCUUUUGUCCUCUGUUAAGUAUGCAUACACGGUUGACCAAAGGGACUCAAGCAUAAGGCCUACACGUGGAUAUGCUUUUCUGUCGUCUUCUCAAGUAGGUCUUGCACCAGGGAGCAAAUUUUCACGGUUUCUUAGACAGGAAUUUGAUCUUCGAGUGGCUUUGCCUCUUGGUGUGCUGAAUUGUGCUUUCAAUGCCGGAGUUGCGGCAGGAAUCAUCCAUCCAUUGGAAAGGGGAUCCACAGGAUCUGUCUCACCGCUUUCAGAAAGGUUUUACUUGGGAGGUAACAGGUCUCUUGUAUGCCGCUUGGGUGGACCAUCGUCACUCUUAGGCUUCAAAACAAGAGGACUAGGAGCAAGGGAAUUCAGAACCUGUGAUCCCAAUAAUUCUGAAAAUGGUACUUCCAGUUGUCCUGAGCUAAUUGGUCUUGGUGGUGACAUAGCAGUGGCAGCAUUUGCGGACCUCUCCUUUGAUAUACCUCUGAAGCCAAUCAGGGAUCUAGGAAUUCAUGGCCAUGCAUUUGUCUGUGCUGGAAAUCUUGGUAAAUUAACUGAGUGUGAUCUACGGAAAUUCCCCCUUACCAACUUCCUACAAACGUUCAGGAGUUCUGCAGGAUUUGGUGUAGUCCUGCCAACCAGAUUGUUUCGUAUAGAGAUAAAUUACUGCCACAUCCUGAAACAGUUUGACCAUGACAAGGGAAAGACAGGCAUACAGUUUAACUUCGCUUCACCCUAAUUUCAUUGGCAAGAUGUUCACAUGAAGAUGAAUAGUUGUAUUUUUUUCUCACUAUUCUGAUUUAUUUAUUUAUUUUUCCUUUUGACAAGAGCUUACCUUGCACACUCUUAAGUGAUAAAUUGCUUGUUCUGGGCUGUGGAUUUGAUGUUAUGACUUGUAAGUGAAAUAGCCUCUAGCCUAGUUGGGCAGAGCACCUGGGUAGCACCCACCAGGCUAGGGUUCGAAUCCUCGCGAGAGUGAAUUUAUAUGGCUGGUUUUUUUAAAAAAAA